GGAGAAUGAAAGAUUUUCCAUUUUAUCAAACGCUGCGGAGUUUCUCGUCGGAACAAACAAUCGCUGCGAGACUGUGGGAGCUUUCACGAGAUGGCUGCUCAUAAAAUUGCACAUGCUACGCUAAAAGGUCCUAGUGUUGUUAAGGAGAUCUGCAUUGGCCUCACACUCGGACUCUUUGCCGGCGGCCUGUGGAAGAUGCACCACUGGGACAAGCAGAAGAAAACAAGAGCUUUCUAUGACAUGCUGGAGAAGGGCGCAAUUAGUGUUGUAGUUCCAGAAGAAUAAUCAGCCUCUAUUUUUCUAGCUUUCAGAAGAGUAAUCUAGUUGAAUACAUGUCAAAAUUCUUUGUUUUUAAAAUAAAAAAUAACUAC